AUGCCUGUGGACAGAACUGGCCUUGGUAUCAUGAACUCUCCAGGCUGUACUGGGCCCAAGGCCCUGCUGUUCUUGCUGCUCCAGCUGCUUUUGCUGAACCUGGACCUGGCCAGCUCCACCUUCAUCAGCAUCAACCGGGGCCUGAGGGUGAUGAAGGGCAGUUCUGCUUUCCUGUCUGGAGAUCAUCUAAAGUUUGCCAUCCCCAAAGAGAAGGAUGCCUGUAGAGUGGAGGUGGUGAUGAAUGAGCCAAUAACCCAGAGGGUUGGGAGACUCACUCCACAGGUCUUUGAUUGCCAUUUCCUUCCCAACGAAGUGCAGUAUGUUCACAAUGGAUGCCCUAUUCUUGAUGAAGAUUCCGUGAAGCUUAGGCUUUACAGAUUUACGGAAACAGAGACCUUCAUGGAAACCUUUCUCUUGCGAGUCCAUCUCGAGGAACCAGACUGUAAUAUCAUCCGUCUGAACAGCAAUAUUCUGGAAGUGACUGAAUUCUAUGGCUUAUCCCAAGCCAUUGACAAGAACCUGCUCCAAUUUGAUUAUGAUAGGACAGCCAACCUGGACUGCACCAUCAGACUAGACCCAGUGGGGACUCAGCUGCCUGCCCAUGGCAAGCUGGUUGUGCUGCACCAUAAGCCAGAGGGACCUCGUGGAGAUCAGCCACACAGCUUUUUUUCUGAGACCCAGCUGGGAGCAGGACCGAAGUGCCCAGGUGGAAAUUGUGCCCUGGCAUUGCAAAACGUGGGAAGCCUGAAAGUGAGCUGUGAGGAGUUCCUGCUAAUGGGGCUUCACUACCAACACACGAACCCCCCUUCACCCAACAUUGAUUAUAUUGCCAUCCAGCUGGAUCUCACGGACAGGAGGAGUCAAGCCACAUACAAGGUGGAGUUGGAGGUAUAUGACUUCUUCUUUGAGAGGAGCUCCCCCAUCACAGUCCACAUCUCCAUCAGAACAGCAGACACGAAUGCUCCCCGGGUGUCCUGGAAUACAGGUCUGAAUCUCCUGGAGGGGCAAUCUCGGGCCAUCACUUGGGAACAGUUUCAGAUCGUCGACAAUGAUGACAUUGGUGCUGUGCAAUUGGUCACCAUUGGUGGCCUGCAGCAUGGACGGCUUACAGCUGGAGUUGUUCGCUAUCACCAUGAUGACAGUGACUCUACCAAAGACUUUGUGGCUUUUAGGAUAUUUGAUGGCCAACACAGCAGCCAUCACAAGUUUCCCAUCAACAUCCUGCCUAAAGAUGAUAGCCCCCCAUUCCUCAUAACCAAUGUUGUUAUUGAACUAGAAGAGGGGCAGACUGUCUUGAUCCAAGGGUCCAUGCUGAGAGCUUCAGACAUGGACUCCAGUGAUGACUACAUCUUCUUUAAUAUCACCAAGUUCCCACAGGCUGGGGAGAUCAUGAAGAAGCCAGGGCCAGGACUGAUAGGGUAUCCUGUCCCUGGCUUCCUUCAGAGAGACCUGUUCAAUGGAAUCAUUUACUAUCGUCACUUUGGUGGAGAAAUCUUUGAAGAUUCUUUUGAAUUUGUCCUGUGGGACAGCCACGAACCUCCAAAUCUCUCCAUGCCACAGGGUGCAAAAGACCAAGUUGUACAUCUGUUUGCUGACAUGGACAUACUAAAGGGGGAGCUCUGA